AUGGGGGUUGUUGAAUGUGGGAAAAGCUGUGGUUUGAGUGAGCAGUAUCCAAACAUUGAAGAAAGGAAAAUUGAAAGUGUUAGGAAUGGUGCUUUGGUGCCUACUGGAGUCUUGAAAUGGGCCACCAUUUCUAAUAGAGAGUUUGUCCAAGUCCAGUUGGUGAAACCUAUUAAUGGAGGGAAUUCCGAAUUUGAAGAAGGUGAAAUUAUUUGGGCAGAUAGAGGAGCUGUUUGUGCUGAAUCCAAGAGUGCUUUGGAGGAAAAAUCAGGCCGGAAUGAUGCGCCAUUGGUUAAAGGUGAGUUCAAUCCGAAGCUAGGGAGUUGCUCUGAUGGAAAGGGGAGAUUUUAUGAAAAUGUGGCAGCGAAGGUUGAUGAGAUUUCUAAGGAUUACCCCCCUCUCCCAAGCAAAGUGGUGGAUGGAGUGAAUAGAAUUGAGAAGCCAAAUGGUUGUGGUGAUCAAAAACAGGUGAAAUGGGAGGAAAAAGGAGCUUGGACAAGUGUUCUUGUCUCAAAGAGGUCUGAUAUUUCCCUUGAAUAUGUCAAACCAAAUAUGAGCAAGGAAGGUGGUAAGUUUAGAAUUUCAAUCCCCACUGAAAUUGCGGCUUUAGGAAUAGACAAAUGGAGUAAUUGUCUAGUCGGGUUUUUCCUUGGGAAGAAAUUGCCGUUUUACCAAGCAAAGAGCUAUGCUGAUAGAAAUUGGAGUCGUUUUGGAGCUGUGGGGGUCACUUCAUAUGGGCGUGGGGGCUAUUUGCUCAUGUUCCCAGAUGAGGUUACUAAAAUGGAUGUGCUAGAGGGUGGUACAUGGUUCAUAGGAGGGCAGCCAUUCUUUUUGAAGUUAUGGACUCCUAAUUUGUCAUUGGGCAUGAAUGGGAUUACUAGGGUACCCAUAUGGGUGAAAUUCUAUGGUAUCCCUCUUGAGUUAUGGACCCCUAAGGGUUUAAGUCAUAUAGCAAGUGUAAUAGGCACCCCUCUUUAUAUGGACAAUAUUACCGAGUCGGGCGAAAGGCUUGAGUUUGCUAAAGUGUGCAUUGAGAUGGAUUCUUCGGCCGAGUUUAAGGAGGAAUUUGAGCUAGAGAUGCCGAGUGGUGAGAUUGCAUUAGUUAAGUGGAGUAUGCAUGGAAACCAUUUACCUGUGCUUGGUGCAAAACAAUGGAGACAAGUUACUAGCAGGAAGAAUAUAAGUGUCCCUCGAGAAGUAAGUCAGCAAAAGGUAGAGAGAAAAAAGGAAGGUGAGGCCCCUAAACCUUGUGAGAGUGUGAACCAAUUUGUGUUGCUAUCCAAAGAGGGUAAGGAAAAGAGAGAUGUUGCCAAUGGGGAGGAGAGGAAAAGCGGGAAUGGUAUUGAGGAAGGGCUGGAAGGUGAAACAAAGUUAGGUAGUGCGGUUUUGGGGGAGGAAGCUGCCAAUGAGGAUAGAGAGGAGAGAACUCCAACUACCAAUGCUGUCUUCCUGAAUACAUUUGAGGACAGUGACAUGGGAACUAGCUCUCCAAUUUAUCAACCGUUUGGGAACCUGGUACACGUGGAUGAAAAGUUAAGAUUGGAGAAGGAAAAGGGAAGUCUUUCUAAGAGUAAAAGGAGGAAACUUGCGAAGAAGGUUAUCCAAACUUCGGCUCAAGCAAUUCUUUGUAAGAUUAGAAUUUUGAAAGAUAAUUCCAUGCUCUUUUGUUCUAUUGUCUAUGGGAUGAAUAGUGUGGGGGAAAGGGAGGAGCUAUGGAAGGAGCUUAUCCACCAUGCCAAUGUUGGCCAACGUGAGCCAUGGGUUAUUAUAGGCGACUUUAAUGCGGUUAGAUUUGCAGGGGAAAAGAAGGGAGGUUCUAAUAAAUGGAAUUCGCAAUGUGAAGAGUUUAAUGACAUGUGUAAGGAAGCUGAUAUUGUUUCCCAGCUCUUUUGCGUCCUUCCUUACUCCGGGCAUAUCGGACCAUUGUCCAAUGUGGUUGAUAGUGGGCUGAACUUUCAAGGUAAGAAAUCCCCUUUCAUGUUUUUCAACUUAUGGGCAGAGCAUGAGGACUUCUUACCUAUCGUGGAAAGAGUAUGGAGUGUGGAGGUGUUGGGUAACCCCAUGUACAGACUGGUCUCUAAGCUAAAAGCGUUGAAGGUUGAGCUUAAGAGACUAAAUAGAAAAGAGUUCUGGAACAUUUCGGAAAGAGUGAAAUUUGCAAGAGAUUAUCUGGCCCAGGUCCAAGAAAGGCUUGUUGUGGAUCCGGUUGAUGGUGCUCUUUUGCAAGAGGAGAAACUUAAGGUGGAAAGGAUGGUCAAGCUUUUAAAAGACGAAGAAUCAUUAGCCAAACAAAAGUCUAGGGUUAAAUGGUUACGGGAAGGGGAUGCUAACACUUCUUACUUCUUUAAAUCGAUUGCUGGAUGGAGGAAUAGAAAUAAGAUUGUGUCCUUGGAAAUUGGGGAAGACUCGGUUACUAGUGAUCAAGAUAGAAUCAAAGAGGAGUUUGUGUCUUUCUACUCAAAUCUUUUUGAAGAUGUGUGUGCAAGUGUUUCCUAUGAGGGCAUGGAGGAACUUAUCACCCCUGUUAUUUUGGAGGAGAAGGUCAACUCCAUGAUUAGUGAGGUUUCCAAAGAAGAGAUUCAAGAGACCAUGUUUGGAAUGAGUAAAGACAAAGCAUCAGGGCCAGAUGGUUAUGGAGCUUUUUUCUUUAAAAAAAGUUUGGGAUAUUGUAGGUCAUGA